UUUAUUAUUUAUUAUUUAUUAUUUAUUAUUUAUUAUUUUUUCUGGUUUUCCAAAACAUCGUUUCUCAAAGUCUCCUCUUUUUGACUCUUUGCGUACUUUUGCUUGUUACAUCCGCUUCUUGUUCUUCUUGUCGAUCAUUACCACCACCUACCUCCCUACCGGUAAUCAUUUGAGCUUGAAUUUUAUUAGAUCUUUUGGCCUUUUGCAGUUUGGGCUUGCCUACCUGCCUUAGGUAUUUAUUUAUUGUAGCUUUUAAUAAGCUUCUUCUUUGCAAAUCAUACACUCGCUCGUCAUUCGUUACAGAUUUGGUUUUAUUUUUAUAUUUGCUUCGUUGACGUCUCCCUUGACCAUAUAUUAAUGUAUUGUGGUGAGGAGAGGAGAGGAAACAAUUCAAGUCGAGUCGAUUCAGUCCAAUUCAAUCGACUUGAUUUAUUAGUUCAGUGCAAGAAUUGAUUUGAUAUUUGGGGCAUUUUUGAGACACGGAAGAGAAAAGAGGAAAGGAAAGAGAAAGGAGAAGAAGAAGAAGAAGAAGAAGAGGAAGAAGCCGUAGUGAAGCAAGAGAAGAGAGAAGAGAGAAGAGAAAAGAGAAAAAGUAAUUCAUUGACCCAGGAAAUUUCAACAAGAAGUGAAGGAAAAAACGGAAAGGAAAGAGAGAAGAGAAAGAAAAGGAACGGAAAGGUCGAAGGAAACUUCACUUCUUAUUAUUAUCAUAUCAUGUUCCAACCACAGCCCACACCAUUUUCACCCUUCUCUUCAUAUGGAAUAAAUAUAUCUCCACAACCACAACCUCAACCUCCUCCUCCUCCACCACUUCUGGAUUUCAACAAUUACCAACACAACCACAACCACAACCUCAAUCAAAACCUCAGCCACAAUCACAAUCAUAACAUUAACAUUAACAAUCACAAUCACAAUCACAAUUCGAUUUCAAGCUCACAACCACUUCAUCAUCAACUCUCUCAAUCCCAUUCCCACUCCCACUCCCAUCCUCAUCCUCAAUCUCUUGCACAACAGCAACGCUCCAAUUCUUUACCUCAUUGUUCAUCCUCCGCACAUACACCACCGGCGACUACAGCAAUCGUGGAUAAUCUUGUCUCAAUUGUUGUUGCAAAUCAACCGGGGCAAGCUGCCGCGGCAGGACGUGGACUAGGAAAUACCCUGCAACAAUUCCAACAACGACAUCCACAGCAACCAAUUUUUAACCCCGUCAAUAAUAGCGCGCCGAACUCUAAUUCGAACUCGAAUGUAACGGGCACUAUUAAUAUAUCCCAUAAUUCCAACACCAAUCCUUCUUUAUCACCAUCUUUCGCACAUCACAGUCAACAACAAUACAAAAUGGAGGACAAUGGAGUCAAUGAUUUGGAAGCUCAGGAAGCUCUAGCCAGGGAUUUCCAACCGGCUUUAGUGGUAUGAAUUGUCUUUUACUCUACUGCGGAAGCUUCAAAAGAGCUACGGAAUGGGAUGAGUGGGAUAUUUAGUAUAGAGCUGGAAACUGACAUGUAGUAGGGUCCAUUAGUGGGGGAUAAGAGGAGCAGUAUGGCGAUAACUGAGGAAUAUGCGAAAGCCGAUCCAAUAUAUGUAUCGAAGACUUCUGUAAGUGACCUAUCGCAGAAUAUGCCAUCUACGCUACCCAUAAACUAACCAUCAGAGAUAGGCAUUACCGCAGAAAUAUUCUCAUUAUCGACCGAUUCUUGGCGAUGGAAAUUGUGGAUGGCGGGGUAAGUCUCCUAAGCUUGGUGCUUGAUCAUACCCGUGCACACGGACAUGAUAUUCGCCAUCAUAAGAUAUUGUUAUGAGUAUAGCUGAUUUUUACCUGGUGUGUAGCCGCUGUGUUUUCCUAUUUCGAAACUUUGUUGGGGAUGGGAAACAGAGGUCAAGUGGAGGAAGAACUAGCGAGAAUGAUGUCGCUGAACAAUUUACUCACGACGGCCGGGGGAUUCGAUGCUUGGCUUUUUGAGGAUAUGGUAGAUGAAACCAUUCGCCUAUUGAGAGAUGUAGCAGAUGUAAUGGAUACUUCCAUACAAGCUGCCGAGUCCCUCAUCCUGGAUCGGUUCAACAACUCGGAGACCUCGAACGCUAUCGUAUAUCACUGUCGGUUGCUAGCUAGCUCAUGGCUUAAAGCCAAUCCUCAAAACUAUCAAGGUUUUAUACCGGAUGGCGGUGGUAUCGAUCAAUACAGGAAAGAUUGGUUGGAGCCGCCAAAUCAAGAAAUCGAUCAUCUUGGCAUGACUUUGCUCAUAGAUGUUCUGCUAAAACCUGCUGGAUUUGCCGUGGAGAUUGUCUACCUCGAUCGCAGUGAAGGGACACAAGUCAACAGUCACAUGUUUCAAGCUGAAGACUCAAAUGGUCAGCCCACAAACCCAGCAGGCCCGAUCAUAUAUCUCCUCUACAGGCCAGGACAUUACGACAUCUUGUAUAAAGAUCUUUUACGGCAGAGCAUUGAGAUGAGCUCAAACAUCCAAGUUAAUCGAGCCACCAAUUUUACCCAUCAACAUUCCCCUCAGGCAAACCCGGCUAUGAAUACAUAUCAAACCAUGGAUCUCCUCUUCAGCAUUCCAGGUGUCAGUCUUCCAUCACCGUAUUCAAAUUUUGGCUCUUCGCAAUAUCAAUCUCCCAUGUCCCAAUCAUUUGCACCUACACCAUCUACCACCCUAUCUACCGCCCUAUCACCCAUGUCACCUACGGGAAACUCGGUCUCAACGCCACAAUCCACAACUUCGGUCACAAGUCUUCCCACCCGUUCAUCUUUUACUUCAAUCAAUACUCCCACCCCAAUCAUCACCUCUCCACACCCAUUUCAAAGUACACAAACGACUCUUCCUAUUCAUACACUUCCACCACCUCAUCCUCAUGCUAUUCCAUCUCCAACCGCGUUAGGUAUACCAGCACCCAGCUUUCGGCCCAGUAAAUACGAAUGGGCCAUAACAGCUGAUUUACAAGAAGGCCCUGUACCUAGUUUUCAAACUAGCACGUUUAAAAAUAGUCAUUAUAAUACCGCGCAUUAUAAUAAUCCGAAUUUUCAACCUGAAGAGUGGACACCGGAGGAGGACGGCUUGGGUAUGGGUAGCAAAGGGGGAGGAGGAGCUGGUGGCGGAUAUGGUAAUUGGGCUAGGAAGAGGAGUAGUUGAAAAGUGAGUAAUUGAACUCAGUUUAUCAUGCAUCGAUUUUGUAGGAAGGGAAAAUUAUGAUGAUAAUGAUGCAGGCAUUGGGAGUAAUAUUUUUGUGUUUAUAUUUUUUAAGGAAGUUCAAAGGAAGUUUUUGCGAUGUGUUUAGGGGGUUUUUUGCAGGACAUGCAAAUCUAUAUCAUAUGAUUAUUCUUUCCUCGAAUCGAAAAUGAAAUAACUGGAGAUUUUUGUGUCUGCUUUUGAUAGGGAUGGAUUUUCUAUAUGUGGUUCGAUUUGGGUUUAUAUUAUAGGAGAUAUGGUAUGAUGUGAUACGGUAUGAUACGAUAUGAUAGAUGAGCGGGGCUUGAGGGGUAACAAGAAAUUUUGGAAGGAUCUUGAUGAUGGGUACAUAUGGAAGGACUUUGAGAGGAUGAGAUGAGAUGAGGAG